AUGAGUGAAGAUAUUGAAAAACAACUUGUUGACAAGCUAAAAACAAGAAAAUUCUCAGUGCAAAUGGAUGAAUCAACUUCGAUAGACAGUGUGGCAGUAUUGAUAACUUGCGUAAAAUAUAUUGAUAAAGGGCAUUUUGCUGAAGAAAUGCUGUUCGAUGGUGCUCCUAAUAUGAUGGGCAAGAAAAAUUGCUACUUAAAAUUGAUGAAAGAUGAGAAUCCAGAAAUGAUUCUUGUGCAUUGUGUUAUUGUAUGGGGAAAAGUUGUGCAUAGGGAAAACUUGGUAGUCAAAAACAUCUCGCCUGUUCUAAAUGAAGUACUUGCAUUCAGUAAUAAAGUGUAUCGAUGCUAUUAA